AUGGGACAUACCACGAAGGAUGCGCCGCAUCUGAUGACGUUUUUGAUGGAUUACUUUGCGCCCUGUUCAACACCCUGCCAACGGGCAUCGCAAGGCGAAAGUGCGGCCAAACGGCUUCGCGUGCAAUUGACAGUUCUGUACGGUAACGUCUGCACGUCGUACCCCGCUCCAAAGCUGGAUGAGGCUUUCCAAAAAGUCAUUCUGGGAUGGUUUCACGCUGUUUUUCGUGGCGACUCUCCGUUUAUUGAACUGAUGGGUUCUUGGGGCAUCGACUUUGUUCCCCCUGCUGGCGCUUCCGGGAGUGGCGCACUGCUCAUAAAGGAAGUAUCUUACAAGAUGGCAAUGUCCUAUGGCGGCUUUUUCUGUCCUCGCGAUGAGGGGACUGUGCCUACGACAUAUACGCCGGCCUCUAUGGUAUCAGAGAGAAGUACGAGUGGCUUGUGGAUUAUUACGCGAUGGGAACGCUUUCGCUGGUUUCGGACGCGCGCACAAGCGAGUCUCUUUCGGCGUUGCCUCCUACAUUACUAUAAAGUUCCUUCCCGUACGGGUGAUCAUAGUCUGUUGCUGCACCGUCGUUUAAAUGAACGACAUUUUGACGAGUUGCACUGGCAGAAGAAGCUUCAGGCUCGUUUAGAGCCGCGUGGAGUGUCAGUAAUGUUGCAGACGUUUAUUUCGAUGGAGUAUCACCAUCAGGCCUCCUUCAUGCAUAAUAGUUCGAUUUUUAUUGCCGCCCAUGGUGCAGGAAUGGUGAAUAUAAUGUCCAUGUCGCCAGGAAGUGUGGUUGUGGAGCUAUUUCCGCACGGUUUCCGCUAUGCCAUGUAUCAGGAACUGGCAGAAUUAUUGGGUUUGCAUUAUAUUGCCUAUGAAAGCCCCAGCGUUUGGCCACCGCGUUGCUGUAUACAGCGUGAGAAAGGCUCAGCGGCACAGCAUACGCCUCCCCUGCAUGGAACCCCACCCAGGACAAGCUUUGGCAUGCGUUCAUGCAAAGGAUGUGACAUCAAUGUUUUAGAAGAAGACAUGGAAGCCAUUCUCUUCGAUGCCUUGGGGAUUGUGUCUGCCGAUAUUUGCCUGCACUCUGCUUCCAUAUGA